GCCGUAUGCUGCACUUUAUAACCCAACAUUCUAGAGUUUACAUUUGCAGUUAGAUUCUAAAACAAUACUGUCUUAAAUCAUAUUUAAUUUCUAUAAGGCUCUCGUACAUUUAGUCAGUAAUCAUGCCUUACAAGUAUAUUGGUCGUACGCACGAUUUUGUCGGAAAGACAAUGUGGGAAAUUGUUGGAAAUUUAAAGAAUUUUGGUGUGGGCAGAUUAGUUACUCGUACAAAGCAUGAAAGGUAUCCAGAAACAUCAUUUAUGAAGAUUAUAAAAGUGGAAGCAUUGCCAAAUCCGAAAGAACCAUCUCCUGAUAAUGUGAGGAAAGUGAGAGUAUUUGUUGAAAGAACAUUUAGAGGCAUAAAGGAACCUAAACCAGUUAAUAUUGAAUCUACAAGCUAUAAAACAGACUAUAAAUUAAUACCUAAACAUGAAGAAGAUAAAUAUUUGAAUGCUGAAACCAAACAUGAACCCACACUUAUGCCACAAUUCAUGGAAUUUCCACCUCUGAUGCGAGAAUUUCUUUUAAGAGAGAAUCCAAAACUAAAAGCAGAUGAAUUGAGAUUGGAGAUGGCUUACACUAAAAAAGUACAAAUUGCCAAGGAUGGUGAAAAACCAUCUAUUGAAUUUGAAAAGACCAUAUCCACUAAAUUUGUACCAGAGUUAUAUAAAUAUGUUAAGGUACAGUAAUUAUUAUAUGGGUUAAUCAUAAGUUAGAAUAAUCAAAUAGAAACUUUUGAAUUAUGGAAGAAA